GCCUUCUCUUCUCCUCUCCUCUCCCAAGCCUCUCACUGUCCACUCUUGAAGAUCAUUGAAGAACGCCAAAAUGGAGAAAUCCCAAGCAGAAGACUACCUCACCUCGCUCCUGAACAAAACCCUGCGUGUAACAACAACAGACACACGGAUGUUUCUAGGCCAAUUCAAAUGCACUGAUUCUGACCGCAACAUAAUCCUCUCUCAAACUUUCGAGUACCGCCUCCCACCCCCUCCGAAACACCUGGCCGGAGAAGAAGAAGAAACGGUUACAAUGGAUAUGACGAGCCGGUAUAUGGGGCUGGUUGUCGUGCCAGGGGAGUACAUUGAGCGGAUUGAGGUUGAGGAGUUUGAGAGUCAGAUGAAGGGGAAGAAGGGCGUUGCGGUGGCAGGUGGGAAGGGGGAGGAAGAGAAGGAAGAGGUGUGA